AGUGCCGCAAUUAUGUUCGUCAGCUGUACUCAAGUCAUGCUGAUGGCGAUGUGUAUCCAGGAUGUGUAUAUGUUUCAUGGUGUUAAUUUCGAACACCUCAGCUCAAUGAUUGAUAUAGAGAUUAGAGAGUCGACUCCCCACUCCGUGGAAAAUCGCGUUAUGAUGAGUUGCUCAACUGAAUAAAUGCUACCGGCAAAAGCUAUAGAGUGUUUAUACCGGAGCCCUGAUCCCGUCUCGGAUCCCUGCAUGCAUUACAACGGCCGCCGUGUAUUGCGUGUAUCGUGCCUGAUUUACAGUGUUUUAUGCACUAGCCUUUUCCUAAUAAUAUAUACUAAGAUACAACUCUUCGAUCUACUCUGUCCGGGUCUUCUGCUGUUUUCUCUUAAUCGGCCUUCAAUAUGUACAUGUAGGUACAUAUAUAUUUCCUCUGCAUGGGCAAGCUGAUGACUGGAUGUACUACGCGUACGAGAGAGAGUCAUAAAAGAUAAUGACCUCUUCAGGACUAUGUCUGAAUCAGAAGAAGAUGAUUCCGUCAUCGUGGUCGACAACGGAUCGGGGUCAAUCAAAGCAGGGUUCGCGGGGAACGAAGCACCACAAUGUGUAUUCCCAGCGAUGAUCGGACGCUCCAAGUACCACAGACUCGUGCCUUCGGCGUUCAUUCCAGAUGAUUACCGGUAUAUCGGGGACGAGGCCCAGAGAAUGAGAGGUUUUCUCAGCCUGAAAUACCCCAUCAAGCACGGCAUCGUCACGAACUGGGACGAUAUGGAGAAGAUCUGGCAUCAUACUUUCUACAAAGAGCUCCGCACCGACCCCGCCGAGUGCCCAGUCCUUUUCACCGAUGUCCCAAAGAGUACAAAGGCUGGUCGAGAAAAAACGACUCAGAUUAUGUUCGAGAAGUUUGGCGCCAAAGCGUUCCACAUCUGCACACAGGGUGUCUUGUCCCACUGCGCGUCGGGGCGCACGAUGGCUGUCAUGUUGGACAUCGGCGACGGGGUCAUCAGUGUCGUGCCGAUAUCGGAAGGCUACAUCAUCACACCGGCCAUCCACCAGGUCAACUUCGGUGGCCGCGACCUCACCCAAAUCAUGAUGAAGAUGUUGAAUGAUAGGGGCUAUUCCUUCGUGACGACUGCUGAAAGAGAAAUUGUCCGGGAGAUCAAGGAAAGCCUUUGCUACGUCGCGCUUGAUUUCGAUAAAGAGACACUCGGGUCAGCUGCAACGACUAAAACCUAUACGCUCCCGGAUCUUCAUGAUAUCACCCUCGGCAACGAGCUCUUCCGCGUUCCAGAAAUCCUCUUCCAACCCUCUCUAGCUGAUCUCGACCACGCCAGCAUUCAGCAACUCGUCUACGACACCCUCAUGAAAUGCGACAUCGAUCUCCGGCGGGACCUCUACUGCAAUAUCAUCCUCGUCGGGGGCUCCACGAUGUUUCCUGGACUCCAGGAAAGACUACAGAAAGAACUGUGCGCCAUGUUGCCUUCGAAGGCAAGGUGUAGGGUUAUUGCCCCACCGGAAAGGAAGUAUUCGGUCUGGAUCGGAGGGUCCGUCUUCGGCUCACUCACUUUAUUCAAGGAGGUUACAAUUACGAAGGCGGAGUAUGAAGAACACGGACCGAGUUUCGUACAUGCAAAAUGUACAAACUAGCAGAACUUGUUCUUGACAGGUCGAUUAAGUGGUCCACCAUUUUGGCUCUAUUGUAGCGUGCAUGGACAUCUUUGAUGGGAAAAAUAUGGCAUAACCUAGCCUGAACUAAUAGGCCAAUUAGCCUGGGCUUGAUGAGGAGGUCCAUUGGAUGUUAGAUAUGGUAUGAAAGUAUAUAGGUUUUACAAUCGGCCACAACAUUAACUAGCCCUUGAUUAUAUACCUAUACAAUCAUGGCUGUUGUCCUCCAUACUUCCAGCGUGAUGUCCGUGACGUGUAACCUCUCCUGGGUAACAGGUCAACUUUGGACUGAUGAGUAGUAUUAAUAAGUAAGGUCAUUAAAAAUCGUGAUAAGAAAACUGGGUAUAGUUUAUAAUAAUGGACACAACUGACCUCUUAAAUAGGCUUACAUUUGACAUAGGCUGUAUUUCUAUCAUUGAUUUGUAUCACCGAAGAGUUUGCAAAACCGGUGUUAAACUCCACCACAAGUGAUUAAAGAGGACCAUACCAAGUAAUAGUUUACACCAGGUUUGAAUUCAUAGUGUUAUUUAAAUACCAAUUAAUGUAAUUAUAUCACAUUCUGUCUGAGAUUUUAGCACCUUUGUUAUAUCCCCAUAGAGUAAUUUCAACACCAGCGCUAAUGGUGUAUAACAAUCGGUGUUAUUAUGUCACAUUCUGUAAGGGAUUUGAGCACUAUUCGGUGUUGUGUUCAAACUUCAAACUACAUGGGGUACUUUAAACCAGUGUUGAAUCCUAGUACUUUGCAAAUCGGUGUUAUUAUACUACAUUCUGUUAGUGAUUUUAACACUUGGUGUUUGGUGUUUUGUUCAAACCUCAUGGGAGUAUCUUUAACAUCUGAUGGUCAGGUGUAUGUGGUCCUCUCGGAAGACACUCUAGAUUUCGGAAGUGUAUAAUACACACACUACAGUGACUACAGAGAUGACAAAUAGUUGAUAUUGUAAGAGAAGUGUCCCAUUCUUGAUUAUAAACUCAUUUCGUAGGAGUACCAUAUACUGUAGAAGCUGUUAUUUUCGCGUACAGAAUUUUUCGCGAAUCGCGGGGGUCCCGACAUUUUCGCGGGUUGUUAAAUUCGCGAUCGGAAGAUGUAGAAAAUAUUUCCACAGCACUUAAAAGUAGUAAAUCUAGUGCAAAUCACAUGCAUAUCUUUACUCCUCAAAGCCCCUUGCUGAUCUGUGUUAUCUACAUAAAUAUGUCCCUGUAAAAACAGUUACAAACUGUGGAAAAAAGUGGUUUAAAUUUCAAUUUUUUUACCUUUAAAUCUGAAAAUUCAUCAUGCCACAGUUUGAUCUGUAAUUUAUAGAGUUAAGCAAUCUUUAGAAUUGGUGUUUUGUUCUAUUAAUUUUUCAAAAAGAUGGUAAAAGUGCAAAAAUGUGAAAUUUUGUGAACAGAAUCUACACCUUGAAAAGCUCUGGUCAUGUGACUUAUGAAUAUUAAUGAGUAUGCAAAUAGCUGCCAAUACGUGUGUAUAGAGUCAAUCAGAUGACAAUAAAAUCAAAUUAUUUCAUGGAAAAUACAUUUUAAUAUUACAGUGAGUGUAUAGAUAUUGAUGAAAUAAUGUUAGAAAAUACUUUAGGCUCUGAUUUUGUUUGAGAAAUUAAAAAAAGCGAAAUUCUAGCUAACUUUUUGAAUCACUAACUGUACUUUCUAAGCCUUAUUUUUUGUACAUAUAGAGGUGCAUAUCUCCAUUUUCUCAUUACACAGUAUGUUUUCAAUAGCAAAGCUUUGCUGCUGGGGACAUUGGCACUGACUAAGAAGUGUGUCAAUAUUUUCGCGUGUUGUUAAAUUCGCGGCCGAUCGGCAUUUCGCGAAAUCCGCGAAAAUUACAGCUUAUACAGUACUUACAAACUUUGUCAGGGAUAGAUCAUUAUUGCACCCUUAAUAAGUUUCAAUGUCAAAAUACAAAAAUUUUCCAUUUGUACAUUAUUUUCUACGACCUUAAUAUUUACAUAGAAAUUUAUAUAUUUAGGAAUAAAUUUUGAUACGAAA